UACAUGUUGGAGGCGCGGAGGUGGGGUGAACAAGAUUGUUCAUAGUCAAGUAAAUCGCGUUACAACAUUUAGUUUUAGUAAUUUUAAUAAAUUGCGUCAUUAAAAUAAUCAUUGUUAUAAAUUUUUUAGUACAAAUAUGUACAUAAGUGAAGUGUAGACAUAAAAACAAUUAAAUAAGUGGACCAAAACACUGAUGAAACCUGAGUUUAUAUCACAUAUUCUUUUCCAUCUUCUACGAGAGAACGAUUGGAGUGAAAUUACGGGGCUGAUUUUCGACGGGCGUGCCAAGUGCUCGAAAUGAACAGGUGUUCCUGAUGUCUCAAAUAGUUUUUUAUUUUCUAAAUUUAUUUUUUUACCGUUUUGAACGAUAUAUUAUUGCUAUUGAUCGCUAGUAUUUUGGAGAAAUCAUUGUUAAUUAACUGCUUUUAUAUUUAUCUUUAUUACCAUUAAUUAUCAAACCAUGUCUAAAAGCAAACUACAUCAUCAUUUUGAUAGCAAUAUCAUUGCUGUAAAGAGUAAAUUCGACGCUGAUAUUAUUCGAUUUUCAAUCAACAAAAAUGAAGAAAUUACUUAUGACGAAUUUAGAAAACUAUUGGCCAAGAAACAUGAGUUACACCAAGACGAGAACUUUUUAAUACGAUACACAGACCCUACUGAUGGUGAUUCAUUGCCUAUAAACAAUGAUAAUAACUUGGCAAGAGCGAUACUAACAGCAAAGCCUUUAUUGAAAGUCUUUAUCACUAGACAUGGAGAAAGUUUAGAGGAUAUUAAUGGUGGUGGAACAUUAAAACCAAAAAAUUUGAUUUCAAGUAUCCUUGGAGGUACUCCGGGAAAACCAAAAUCCUUGGCUAUCUCCAAUCCACAUGAUUUUCGACAGGUUUCUGCAAUAAUUGAUGUUGAUAUUUUACCAGAAACUUGUAGACGAGUACGUUUAUUAAAACAUGGAUCAGAUAAACCUCUAGGUUUCUACAUAAAAGAUGGUGAAAGUUUUCGAAUACUUCCACCAUCAGCUGGUGGAGGAAUUGAAAAAGUUCCUGGAGUUUUUAUAAGUCGUUUGGUUCCUGGAGGUUUAGCAGAAAGCACUGGACUGCUUGCAGUCAACGAUGAAGUGUUGGAAGUCAAUGGAAUUGAAGUGGCAGGAAAAACUCUUGACCAAGUAACUGACAUGAUGAUUGCAAAUUCAUCGAAUUUAAUAAUUACCGUGAAACCAGCGAACCAAAGAGCAGCAAUGGCUGCUCCAAGACGUGGUUCGUACUCGAGGAAUAGUCAAUUAUCCUCAGGAAGUCAUCAAUCAACUCAAAGUGUUGCUACUGGAAGUGCUAGCGAUGAAGAAGCUGACGAAAUAGUUGAUUUAACUGGAGUUGCACUUCAUGAAGGCAUUUUUACUUAUUGAAUAUUUAUUUUUUAUAUAUUAUAAACAAAAAUUCAAUCAUCAGCCCCACAAAUCAUUUUAAUCAUGACCAGACAGGUGGUCUUCAUCGUUAAAGGGUAACUUUUUUUACCCAAAUAAACUGCGAAAACUCAAUUAGUGAAAGUUUUAAGUAUUUGUAAUUCUUCAAAAAGCCUUUCAAGUGCCUCAAGAGUAAUUGAAAUUAAUUAAAAUCGUAUGCAGCUAUAAGAGUUUUUUUAUUCGUAUAUAGCAAUAAAAAAUUGCCUCUUUCAAUAACAAAA